GCACUAUUAUUGUACAUUUGUUCGUCCCCUCUCUUAUUCCAGCAGCAGCUACACUCAAGUCCAGCUUCUAGAAAACUCUGAAAUAAUUUUGUGUUGUAUCUAAAAAAAUGCCGUGUGGCAAAAAUUUUAGAAGGAGAAGGGACUCGUCCGAUGUGGAGGAGGAUGAGACCACCGAAGAAGUCAGACAUAAGUUGGAAGAGGCUAAAGAGCUACAGAGUUUGCGCAAACGACAGACCGGAAUCAGUGUGACCGCCUUGCUGGUUGGAGAAAAACUUCCACCAGAGGCUGAAAUUGAGAAUGACCCAUUUAAACUGAAGACUGGGGGAAUUGUUGACAUGAAGAAAGUGAAAGACCGGAAUAGAGACAUGACAGAAGAUGAGACAGACCUCAACCUGGGGACGUCUUUUUCAGCCGAGACAAACAGAAGAGACGAGGAUGCAGAUAUGAUGAAAUAUAUUGAGACGGAACUAAAAAAGAAGAAGGGCCUGGUGGAGGCUGAGGAGCAUAAAGUUAAAGUGAAGAAUCCAGAGGACCACCUGUACGAGCUGCCCGAGAACAUCCGAGUCAAUUCUGCCAAGAAGACAGAGGAGAUGUUGUCUAAUCAGAUGCUGAGUGGCAUCCCUGAAGUUGAUCUCGGCAUUGAUGCAAAGAUAAAGAACAUUAUCCAGACAGAGGAGGCAAAAGCAAAGCUUUUGGCAGAACAAAGAAACAAGAAAAAAGACCACGGCACAUCAUUUGUACCCACGAACAUCGCUGUUAACUACGUCCAACACAAUCGAUUCUAUCAUGAGGAUGCAAAUGCACCGCAGAGACACCACAGACACAAAGAAGAACCCAAAGCAAGACCGCUGCGUGUGGGCGACACAGAGAAACCAGGUCCAGAGGCUCCGUCACCACCAAACUACCGCAAACGUCCAAACAAUGAGAAGGCUACAGAUGACUACCACUAUGAGAAGUUCAAGAAGAUGAAUCGACGAUAUUGAUGUGGAUAUAUAUAAAACCAUUUUAAACUCAAGAUUGGACCAUAAAUCAUUUGAGGAUCCCAAACGGCUUUUGAUGGCAUAGCUCUAACAUCAGGGCCACACAGUGUAAUUAUUGUAUAUAGCUCCUGCUGUUUGUCUGUAUACAGUACAGUUGUUAAUGUCUCAGAUGAUUUCUUUUGCUCAGGAUUGU